CUUGAACAUCUAUUUACCAUUAAAUUCCCCUCUGAUAUAAACUAUUGUUUGAAUUUUAUACUAGAACCAUUCUUUAUUAACCACGCUUAGCCGCUGGCUGAGAAUUGAUCUUGUUCUGUUUGAAGAAUGCGCCUCGGUUGAGGCGGAACACACAAAGAUAACGGACACUUUACAUUGUGUACUGAUUCUAAAACCAAAGGCAGAAAAAUUUCUAAUGCAAGAACUAAGUCCAUAGAGCACAGUAUUAAACAAGUUCCGUUUACGAGAUGGGCGCAAAUCUUCAAAGGUAAAACAGAAUUCUAAAAUACAACGAAAGGCAACUAAACAACAUUAUUUCCUCUUCGAAAAACAACGACACUUGUCAUGGCCAGAUGUCAGAAAGAGCGAUUCCAGUCAAUAAAUCUUGGUAACUGCAUGAACUUUUGAGAUAUUUAAUUGUGAUUACUUAAAAUGUUAGCACAAAAGCCGAGGAAGGAGGAAUGCUAAAACAAGUUAAAUUAGUAAACACUUAAUUAUAGUUUGCUAAUGAAAUAAUGCAAAUGUAAAUUAAGUUCAUGAAACUGUCUUCUGGCCCCAGUUGUUCAAAGGCUGGAUAACGCUAUCCACCGGAAAAAUUGCUAUCCAGUGGAUACGUGUUAACAAAAUAAACAAUGCUGUACGCUGAAUAGUGAGUUAUCCGGUUAUCCCUCCAUCCAACUAGGGCCAGGUGAUUAAAGCAUUAUUCCAAAUCAAGGAAAAAGAAUCAUCUAUUCAAACCCAUUGAACUGGCAAAGUGCAAAAAGCAAGCACAAUUAACUAUCUCAACAACACAGAGCGAAGAAGCCUUCACGAGUCAGAAUCGAGCAAAGAUGAAUCACACUGCACUCAACACAACCUUAUCUAGUUGUAGUUUUUCCUUCAGUCCUCUAAAUCCCGCAAACAUCUCUCCUGAUCUUCGCGCUGUAUUCAUCGCCAGAAUCGUCGUGAACGCUGUCACCUGUCCUCUCAUCAUUUUGCUCAACAUCCUGGUGAUAGUUGCAGUGAAAACUAAACGACAGCUUCGCACCAAAUCUAAUAUAGCACUCGCCUGCUUAUCCACAACUGACCUUGUCAUUGGAUUAGUUGUUCAACCUCUACAUAUUGCCAGCGCAAGUUUACUUCUCAAAGGUGAACAAAACAUGUUUUGUACUUUAACAGACCUUUCAAACACAGUCAUAAUUACAUGUUUACUGGCUUCAUUUUAUCAUUUCAUUUUGAUGAGCGCCGAACGUUAUGUUGCGAUAAAACACCCCUUCACAUACGAGACCCAGGUCACUGAAAUUCGCAUCAUCGUGGCCUCUUGUCUGGCGUGGGCUGCAGCCAUCAUCCUCUACAGCAAAAACCUUUUGACCAUUGCAAUUCUAGUAAUUUUUCAAAUGCUGCUUGCCGUUGUGGCUGUUUACUUUAAUGUUUCAGUUUAUAAGGAAGUCCGUCGCCAAGAGACACAAAUUGCUGUUAACCAAGUUUCCUUACAAGCCAAGAAGAAGCUACUUAAGAAUAAGAAAGCUUUUUACACAACACUUAUUGUACUACUAGUUAUUUUGCUGUGUUAUAUUCCGACGCGUAUCUGUAUUGUUGUUCUUCUUCUAUCUAAAGAAAAAAUUCCCGAAAACGUAAGACAUAUUGCUAUUUAUCUUUUACCUUUAAUGCCAGUAUUGAAUUCGUUGUUUAAUCCGUUAAUUUACGCUGUGAGAAUAAGACACUUUCGCGUGGCUCUCAUUCAGUUGUUGUCGAGAAAAACUAUUGCACAAGCCGAACAACUUGAAAGGAAAAUCUUUGGACCAAGAGUGUGGAGUCAGCGCAAAUGCCGAGCUUGGACAGGGUGGCGCUCGCCGACAAGAUGCGUGGCAAGAAAAUGAUUAAAUAAACAACGAAUAUGACAAUAAACAGCGAAUACAGGCACGAAACGAAUAUGAAGAAACGC